UUUACCCGCAUGUCGCCUACCAGCUAAAUCGCUUUAAAAACUACAAAGCGGCUGUCAGUUGGUGUCCGCCGCCGUGAAUCUUCCCGCUCACACAGUGGAAAAGGAAACAACUCCGGCACAGACAACCUCAGUCAUAAUUUCUGUAAAGACUGCUUUAUUUAAAUUUUUUGUUGUUACUCUACCUGCACAACCUGUUUCCAAAAUGCCUCGCAUUGAGAAUGACAUCAAGCUGGACUUCAAGGAUGUGCUACUGCGUCCCAAGAGGAGCACACUCAAGUCUAGGAGCGAGGUGGACCUAAUGAGGAGCUUCUCUUUCAGGAACUCCAAGGGCAGCUACAGGGGGAUCCCCAUUAUCGCUGCAAACAUGGACACUGUGGGGACCUUUGAGAUGGCCCUGGCUUUGCACGAGUUCACUCUCUUCACUACGAUUCACAAACAUUACUCUGUGGAUGACUGGGUGGAGUUUGCAAAGAACCAUCCCAAAUGCCUGCAGAGUGUAGCAGUCAGCACAGGCACCGGUGACGGUGACUUUGACAGGAUUUCAGCCAUCUUGGCGGCGGUGCCAGAGCUCCAGUAUAUCUGUGUAGACGUGGCUAACGGCUACUCUGAACACUUUGUUCACUUUGUCAAAGACGUCAGGCAGAAGUUCCCCUCCCACACUAUAAUGGCAGGAAACGUGGUGACAGGAGAGAUGGUAGAAGAGCUGAUCCUGGCUGGCGCUGAUAUCAUCAAAGUAGGCAUCGGACCAGGCUCUGUGUGCACCACCCGCAAGAAGACAGGGGUGGGGUACCCCCAGCUCAGCGCUGUGAUUGAGUGUGCAGAUGCAGCCCAUGGCUUGGGAGGCCACAUCAUCUCUGAUGGGGGAUGCACUUGCCCAGGAGAUGUCUCAAAGGCUUUUGGUGCUGGAGCAGACUUUGUGAUGCUGGGCGGUAUGCUUGCUGGCCACUCAGAAAGCGGGGGCGAGAUUAUUGAGAAAAACGGCAAGAAAUACAAGCUGUUCUACGGAAUGAGCUCCGACACUGCGAUGAAGAAACAUGCAGGAGGCGUGGCUGAGUACAGGGCGUCGGAGGGGAAGACAGUAGAAGUGCCUUACAAAGGUCCAGUGGAUGUGACAAUACGAGACAUCCUGGGCGGGGUCCGCUCCAGCUGUACCUAUGUUGGGGCAGGCAAACUGAAGGAGCUGAGCCGUAGGACCACCUUCAUCAGGGUCACCCAACAGCUCAACACCGUCUUCGGCAACGACAGCUGAUUGUCCCGCUCGACGCUGACUCAGAUCCAAGGAUAAGUCUGCAACCACUGCCUGUCUGACUCCCAAACACAAGUGAACAGACACAUAUAUUAAUACUUAAAUACUGCCCUUUUAGUAUCAUUAUUCGUUUUUACAGUUCUUUGACAUUUCAAUGCAUAUUUAGUAUGUUGACCUCAUUGACAUUAACAGAAAUGUUUUUCAGCG